AUGACUUCGGCCCCCUUGCGGGCUGCAGUACGACCGCAGUACCUGCAUUUGGCUGCUCAGACCUGCUCGGGCAUUGCAGUCACAACUUUAAGCUCGUCCUUGCGAACCAGAUCUCUCAAUCACACCAAACGUCUGAUCUCGUCUACGCCCCAAAAUCAGAUCAAGGAAUUCUUCCCUCCGCCCAAAUCCUCCAACGUGAAGGAAGUGCAAUCAGCAUGGGUACACCCAGUCUAUACCGAAGCCCAGAUGAAAGAUAUCCAUAUCGCACACCGUGAAGCCUCAAAUUGGUCCGAUUGGGUUGCCCUUGGCACCGUCCGUGUCUUCCGAUGGGGCAUGGACUUUGCCACAGGUUAUAGACACCCCAAGGCGGGCGAGGAACUCCCUGCUAGCUUCAAGAUGACAGAAGCGAAGUGGCUCACGCGGUUCAUCUUCUUGGAAAGUGUGGCAGGAGUUCCGGGAAUGGUGGGUGGAAUGCUGCGACAUUUGCGCAGUCUGCGCAAGAUGAAGAGAGAUAAUGGAUGGAUCGAGACCUUACUCGAAGAAGCCUUCAACGAACGCAUGCACCUUCUCACAUUCCUUAAGCUGGCCGAACCCGGCUGGUUCAUGCGCCUGAUGGUCCUCGGAGCCCAGGGAGUCUUCUUCAACGGCUUCUUCCUCGCCUACCUGGUCUCCCCCCGUAUCUGUCACCGAUUCGUGGGAUACCUCGAGGAGGAAGCCGUUAUCACAUACACCCGUGCAAUUGAGGAACUCGAAUCCAACAAGCUUCCAGAGUGGAAAGAUCUCAAUGCACCUGAGAUUGCUGUUCAGUACUGGCAGAUGCCAGAGGGUCAACGGAAGAUGCGGGACUUGUUGAUGUAUGUCCGUGCGGAUGAGGCCAAGCACCGCGAGGUCAACCACACACUGGGCAACCUCAAUCAGGCUCUCGAUCCCAACCCGUACCAGACCGAGUACUACGAUCCGGCGCGUGACCACCCUACGAAAGGCAUCGAGAACAUCAAACCCACUGGGUGGGACCGGAAGGAUAUCUUUGAUGCGAAGAACUGA